AUGCUGCAGUUGAAGAAGCUGCACGAACCAAGUCAUGGUUGUCCUAGUAGAUCCUCUUUUGCCUGGUCCAAGUCUCUGAAGAGCUUGUCUUAUGUGCAUUUGACUAGUUACAGGAGCUGUUGCUUCAAUAAGGCAUUUGUAGAUAAUGAUAAUGUCAAAGGGAUGGAUUUUGUGAAUGGAUUGUGUUGCCAUUCUGCCCUGAUGACAUUAUUGCUGGAAAAUGUGAAUCUGGCAUGGAAAACAGUUGUAUUGGAGAGAGAUUUGGCUAUAUUUGGAUUCUUCAUUGCCUUAGGAAGGAGUACCCAAUCCUUUCUAUAUGCAAAUGGAUUUGAGGCUCUAGAUGAACCUAUUGAAGGAUUCGUAAGGUACCUCAUUGGGGGCAGUGUAUUAUAUUACCCUCAGCUUUCAUCAAUUAGUUCUUAUCAACUGUAUGUGGAGGUUGUCUGUGAGGAGCUGGACUGGCUUCCUUUUUAUCCAGGCAUCUCUAAUACCUCCAAACGCUCACAUCACCAUAAAAGUAAGAUGGCAAGUCCACCCAAUGCUGAAGCUAUCCCCAUAGUAUUAGAUGUGUGUUCACACUGGCUUCAGAGCUUUAUUAAAUACAGUAGAUGGCUGGAAAAACCUUUCAGCGUUAAAGCAGCAAGAUUUCUUUCUAGAGGGCACAAUAAGCUAUGGGAGUGGACAGAAGAACUGGGAAUGCAAAAGAAACUUAUUGAAAGCACAGCUGGAACAUGUGUUGAGAGGACUGAUUCAGUAACUUAUUCACCAGCUAGAAAAGAGCCAGAUUCUUUUGACAAGUCCAGCAGUCACCAUGGGCCUUUUAGGCCUGAUGAAUCAUCUCAAGUGGAGGAACUCAAUAAUCUGGUAAGUGUUGGUGGAAAAUCUGGGGGUGGAAUAAGGGACAUAGGUUUUGCUGGGGAUGAAGAGUUGAACCCUAAAUUACCACAGUUUGAGUCUGCUGCUAAGGGCAUUGAAAAAGAAAUUGUUCCUUUUGAUAACUAUAAUUCCAUAACUUCCCUGGUAGGGGUAGAGAAGGCCAACCGGUUGGGGGUUGGGGGGAUUUGGAUGUAG